AUGACGACAACAGAUACUUUCGAGUUUGAUAACGAAUUUUAUAAUUUCGAUAACGCAAACGAAUUCCUACAGAACAUAUCGGGGGCUGUUUCAUCACUUUCGCCUUUGAGUGAAGAUGAACAAUUUAGGAAUUCUAUCGGUGGUGUUGAUAACAACUGGGCCGCAGAAGGUAUCAACCAAAAUGAUAUAUUUCGGAAUAAAGCUGGCGAUGAUUUGAAUCUAAUAAAUCAAGAAUACAGCAAUCCAAGCAUAAAUAAUGGUGGUGGCGAAAACGAUUAUUCCAUAGAAACGAAAGGAACAGAUAUGAAGGCUCCGCAUAAUUUGCUAUCCUCAUCUAUGUCAAGCGGGACAUACUCGCAAGACUCCACAAAUAACGGGAUGACACCAUUAAGUCAGCCCUCAUUAACAUCGACCCACACAUCCCCGGAACUGUUGGUAAAGAUUGAAGAACAUGAUACGGGUGGGCGAAUAAAGGGUUCGUCUACUUCGAAGAAUGCAAAGGUCACUAAGCCACAGAAAAAGGAUAAGAGCAGCCAUAAUAUGAUUGAAAAGAAAUAUCGUACCAAUAUUAAUUCUAAAAUUGUGGCUUUGAGAGAUGCAGUACCAUCAUUGAGAAUUGUAUCUGGGAAUAAGAAUGUUUCAAUAGCAGAUUUAGAAGGAUUGACUCCGGCUUCGAAAUUGAAUAAGGCAAGUGUCUUAACGAAAGCGACGGAAUACAUUAAACAUUUAGAACAUAAGAAUGAUAUAUUGAAGCAACAAAACACACAAUUACAGAAAUUGAUUCAAGAGGCUAAUGUACAGUCACAGCCAAUAUCCCAAGAACAGGUGUUGCCUCCACAGAGAGGUGGAUUUGGCUUUGUUCCUUCACAAGGUGAACAAAGCUUUAAUUCGACACCAGUGCAGAAUUUCAGUGGUGACUCUUUUACUUUCAAUAAUCAGAAUACAGGCAUGAGUACUGCAAAUCCAAGCUAUAACUACAAUAAGGUUUUACUUGGUAGUUUGGCAACCGUCAUGGGGACUUCAUUAAUAGCUGAUAAUGGUAGUGAAUUUAAGGGACUAUCCGCAUUACCGUUUUCAAGUUUCUUGCCGUAUUUUGUAACUCACCCAAGUCCAAUGACCAUACAAUUAUGGAGCUUACUAAAAAUCCUAUUGGUUCUUGGAUCUAUGGCUAGCGUAAUACUACCAAGCUUACUUAUUGCAAUACAAAAUGAUAAACAAUCAGACCGUGGAACAAUACAAAUAUGGAAGUUUUGGCUUUUGAAUAGCUUAGGCCUUCGUUUACCUCAUCCUUUUGAACAAGAGAAAGUCGAUAAUAUUUUGUUUAUUUUAUCAGGGAAAUCUGAUGAAGAAUUUUCUUGGGCUAGUCUUUUUAAUUAUUAUAUUUAUUUGGCGUCAUGUGAAACAACAUUCGAGCUUUGCAUUUUAAACUUAAUUGUUGGAACCAUGUUAAGUGUCAAAUUCCCAUUAUUAUCCAAAUUUAUUAAUCGCAAUAUGAGUUUGAAAGGUUCACUAUUAUUGAAUUUAGAUUAUAAGGGCGAUAAUAAGUCAUUGAUAAAGUUGCAUAACUUGAUUCGUAAUAUAGAUGGAAUUUCAAUGCUAGGCUCCACUUCUUUAUUAACAAGACUCAUUAAUAUAGCUGAACACAAGAGUAUUAACAAUAAAGUAUACGAUGGUCAGAAUAAUGUUAAAUAUGUUGAGCUUUUUCAGGAAAAUGCGGGUGAUUACUAUAAUACUAUUGUCACUUGGAGAAUCUUGGAAAUCACUCACGAAUUGAACUUAGCCUACUUGAAAAAUAUGGCCUCAAAGAGCCAAGAAAAGCUGAAGGUCUUUAAUCAAAUAAGCGAGGAUGUUAAUAAAAUAGAAGCAAUUUUGUUGAAUGAUAGGUCAACCCCAAGCUUGAAAAGUUACUUUUCUUUAUUCAAAAGCGUGAUUGAAGAGCGUUCUGCACUAAGCUUAUUGGGAAGAAUUGAAACUGAUGUUCAUAGUAGCUUAUCUAUGUUCGAAAAUAUUAAGGACGACAGUGAAUUAAUGAAGGACAAGGUUUCUGACUUGUCUGAUGGCGACGAUGAAUCCGAUCAGACUACGACUUAUUCUGAUGAAACUGAGCAGCCGAAGACUUUGGCAAUUAGUUCAAACAAGUCUCUAAUUAGUUCAUUAAAUUUGGUGUCUGAAGAGCAGUUCAUUGUGUUGACAAGCUCAUUAAUUCUUUAUUAUCAGCAACACCAAAAAUCAAAAUCCAAUGAGUUGCUCAGGUAUUUGAAUUUUUCUUCAGAAAAGGCGUCGUUAUCCUUAUUAUCAUUCACAGCAUUAUUAAAAGUUAUUGAUGAGUUGGUUGGUCAAAAUCAAGAUGCCAACAAUUUUACAAACUCCAAUGUUUUGGAUAAGCUAAUUAGAAUUACAAGAUUAUGGAUCAAUGACGACAAAAAACAGUUCCUUGAUUAUAAUUUGAGAUGUGAUUUAUCCGAUUUAAUAGUUUCUAAAGGACUGCUUUUGAAUGGUGGUUUAAGCGAUGAGAGCGACGAAGAAGGAGAUGAUGAUUAA